AGCUUGAGGGAGGCAGGGAAAGGAGUGCACCCAGGGACACGUGAUGGCUGGGUCUGGUGGUGCUGGGUCACGGCGUGGCUCACAUGGCAGCGGUGCAUGUCUGCUUGUUAUGUCACUAUGUGCUGCCUUUUUUUCUUGCCUCAGGGGGUGUGAUAGCUUACAUCAGCUCUUCAAGCUCGGCAUCUAGCCCAGCCUCAUGUCACAGCGAGAGCUCAGACAGCGGUUUCCAGUCGUCCUCUUCGCCUGUACCAUCUUCUCCAAACAGCUCCUCCUCGGAAACUGCAACGGCCGAAGCAGCGAGGGCUCUGACGGGGCACCGAAGGGCAAUCGCCUGGAGGAGACUAUUAAAACAAACCAGUCAAGUGUUGGUGGUUUGACAAAAGGCCAUAAUGGAGUCACAAAAUUUAAUGGCAUGGUUCUUCUUUGCAAAGUCUGUGGAGAUGUCGCUUCAGGAUUUCAUUAUGGUGUUCAUGCCUGUGAGGGCUGCAAGGGUUUUUUCAGAAGAAGUAUUCAGCAAAACAUCCAGUAUAAGAAGUGCUUGAAGAAUAACAACUGCUCGAUAAUGAGAAUGAACAGGAACAGAUGCCAGCAGUGUCGUUUCAAAAAAUGCCUCUCUGUUGGGAUGUCAAGAGAUGCUGUUCGAUUUGGCCGUAUUCCCAAACGUGAAAAACAGAGGAUGCUGAUUGAAAUGCAGAGUGCCAUGAAAACCAUGAUGAACAGUCAGUUCAGCGGUCACUUACCCAAUGAAGCAUUAACGGAACAUCAAGAUCAAACACCUCAAGAAGACCUUUCCUCCAAGCCCAAACAAGAGCGGGAAACCAUCAAAAGCCCUUCCCCGCCUCCUAGUGCUGACAUGGCUAAGGAAGAAGUGAUUGGUAUGGUUACUAGGGCCCACAAAGACACUUUCAUGUACAACCAAGAACAGUCCCAAAACCCAUCAGAGAUGAUGCAGUCCCAUAGUGGGGAGAGAAUGUCAAAGAACACUGAGCAGUACAUCUUGAGCAGCGAGCACUGUGUUGGUGGGCUCGGUGGCCCUCAGUACCCUGAAAGUGAGCAGCACCUUGGGGGACAGUACAAAGGGAGAAGUGCAAUGCAUUAUCCAAGCGGGCACACCAUGUGCUUCACAAAUGGCCACUGUACGAACUUCGCCAGUGGUUAUACUCCGCGACUGUGUGACAGGAUCCCAGAAGAUGGCUUUUCUGCAAACAAGAGUACCGCCUACGCGUGCAGCACCGGAGGAAGAAUGCAUCUGGUCUGCCCAAUGAGUAAGACUCCCCACGUGGACCCAAACAAGUCUGGCCAUGAAGUCUGGGAAGAGUUUUCCCUGAGUUUUACCCCUGCAGUGAAGGAAGUGGUGGAGUUUGCCAAGCGCAUCCCAGGUUUCCGAGAUCUCUCCCAGCAUGACCAGGUUAAUCUUCUGAAGGCUGGGACCUUUGAGGUUCUGAUGGUGCGGUUUGCCUCUCUGUUCGACGCGAAGGAGCGCACCGUCACCUUCCUCAGCGGCAGGAAGUACAGCGUGGACGACUUGCACUCCAUGGGAGCUGGGGACCUCCUCAACUCCAUGUUUGAGUUCAGUGAGAAACUAAAUGCCCUGCAACUUAGUGAUGAGGAAAUGAGUUUGUUCACAGCGGUUGUGCUGGUAUCUGCUGAUCGCUCUGGAAUAGAAAAUGUCAAUUCUGUGGAGGCACUUCAGGAAACACUAAUCCGUGCAUUAAGGACCUUAAUCAUGAAAAACCACCCAAAUGAAGCCUCUAUUUUCACAAAACUUCUUUUGAAAUUACCUGACUUGCGUUCCUUAAACAACAUGCACUCUGAAGAACUGUUGGCCUUUAAAGUUCACCCAUAGGCCUUUGGGUCUCACCUGUACUUGGACUUGCCUCGUUGUGGAACUGUUUUGUGCUAAGCUACGUGUUUAUACCAUUGUACCACUUGUGGGAGGGGGCGUUCCCAGACUGUGAGC